GUUACUAAUGCUAGCACUUGUCGGCUAGCUUCACGCCGCCGUUUGCUACUUUGACCUCCCUCAUAAGAUGGCUGGUGUCCGAGCCCUUGGUGCUCUCUCCAGAAUAACAUCAAGGCGAUACACACUCACCACAGGCAGCCCUUUUCGCACCUUCUCAGUAGCUCCUGCCAUGCUGGCCGGAACCCACGUGAACUAUGAAGUCAAGGGGGAUGUUGCAGUUGUGCGGAUCAAUGACCCAAAUUCCAAGGUCAAUACCCUGUCAAUCCAAAUGCAAAAGGAGUUGACAGAUGUUAUGAAUGAAGUUUGGUCCAAUAAUGCUGUUCAAAGCGCUGUUCUCAUCUCCACAAAACCUGGUUGCUUCAUUGCAGGAGCUGACAUCAACAUGAUCGAGGGCUGUAAGACUGCCGAAGAGGUGACCCAACUUUCUCAGGAAGGGCAGAACAUUUUUGAGAAAAUUGAGAAAUCUCCAAAGCCCAUCGUCGCAGCCAUUAAUGGCUCUUGCUUAGGAGCAGGCCUAGAGUUUGUUAUUGCAUGCCAGUACAGAAUUGCAACAAAAAGCAAGAAGACAGUCCUUGGCACUCCUGAAGUGAUGCUGGGUCUUUUACCUGGAGCUGGUGGGACUCAAAGACUCCCCAAAAUGGUCGGUCUUCCCAGUGCCUUCGAUAUGAUGCUUACAGGAAGAAAUAUCCGAGCAGAUAAAGCCAAGAAGAUGGGGCUGGUCCAUCAACUAGUAGACACUCUCGGACCUGGGCUAAAGAGUCCAGAGGAAAGAACAAUAGAGUACCUUGAGGAAAUCGCUAUUGAGUGUGCCAGGGGAAUUGUCAAUAAGAAAAUCCCCCUCAGCAAAGAGAAAGGCAUGAUGCAAAAACUUCAAGACUACAUUAUGAGUUUUGAGAUGGUACGGAAUCAGAUUUACAAAACUGUCCAUGGUAAAGUCAUGAAGCAGAGCAAGGGACUUUACCCAGCACCCCUGAAAAUCAUUGAGUGUGUGAAGGCCGGAAUUGAACAAGGUCCAAUUCCUGGAUACUUAGCUGAAUCUCAGAAUUUCGGUCAGUUGGCAAAAACCACAGAAUCACAUGCCCUCAUCGGUCUUUACCAUGGUCAAGUUACAUGCAAGAAGAACCGCUUUGGAGCCCCACAGAAAGAAGUGAAGACCCUUGCCAUCUUGGGAGCAGGUCUGAUGGGAGCAGGUAUUGCCCAGGUGACUGUGGAUAAGGGUGUCCAUACUAUCCUGAAGGACACUACUGUGAGUGGACUGGCCAGGGGGGAGCAGCAGGUCUUCAAAGGGUUCAAUGAUAAGACCAAAAAGAGGAACAUCACAUCCUUUGAGAGAGACUCCAUACUGUCCAACCUGACUGGUCAGCUGGAUUACAGUGGCUUUGAAAAGGCCGACAUGGUUAUUGAAGCUGUGUUUGAAGACAUCAACAUCAAGCACAAAGUCCUGAAGGAGAUUGAGGCUGUGAUUCCUCCACACUGUAUAUUUGCCAGCAACACAUCUGCUCUGCCCAUCAAGGAGAUUGCUGCCGCCAGCAAGAGACCAGACAAGGUCAUUGGAAUGCACUACUUCUCUCCAGUGGACAAGAUGCAGCUCCUUGAGAUUAUAACCACUGAACAGACCUCAAAGGACACUACGGCCUCUGCUGUGGCAGUCGGCCUCAAACAGGGCAAAGUCAUCAUCGUUGUUGGGGAUGGGCCUGGAUUCUACACCACAAGGUGUUUGGCUCCCAUGUUGGCUGAAGCAGUUAGAGUACUUCAGGAAGGGGUUGACCCCAAGAAACUGGAUGCACUCACCACAGGCUUUGGGUUUCCUGUGGGUGCAGCAACCCUGGCUGAUGAAGUUGGUCUUGAUGUUGCUGCCCAUGUGGCCGAAGACCUGGGCAAAGCUUUUGGCUCACGGUUUGGUGGUGGAAAUGUCGAGGUUCUGAAGACCAUGGUGGACAUGGGAUUCAAGGGUCGCAAAUCAGGAAAGGGUUGUUACGUCUACCAGCCAGGACUCAAAGUCAGAGACGUCAACCCAGAUAUUGAAGAAAUCCUUGAGAAAUACAAAAUGACACCAAAUCCUGCUGUUUCAUCCGACUCAGAUGUUCAGUACCGACUUGUGUCUCGGUUCGUCAACGAGGCCGUGUUGUGCCUGCAGGAGGGCAUCCUGAGCAGCCCUGUGGAGGGAGACAUCGGGGCUGUGUUCGGGCUGGGAUUCCCCCCCUGCCUUGGAGGGCCUUUCCGGUUUGUGGACGCCUUUGGUGCUGACAAGCUGGUGGAGAAGAUGAGGAGAUACGAAGAGGUCUAUGGAAACCAGUUCACACCAUGCCAACUACUACUGGACCAUGCAAAUGACUCCAGCAAGAAAUUUCACAAGUGACCCCUCUGUCUGUGUGCCGAUAGCACUUGAUAGAACUCAUGCAGUCCACCAGUAGGAUGUGCCUAACAUUUUCCUAGAUCAUGAGAGGGGACAAAAGCACUUAAAAUACAGUGUCUUCUGAAAUGCCAGAAUGUUAAACGAUGAGCAGAAAUGGACGAGGAUAUUUUUUGUACUUUGAGCAUUAUUGAUUUAUUUGAUCAUACAUAGCCUACAUACAUAUAAGAUACAUGAUGUAAUACAGGAGCAGAGUCUGUGGUGUCCAGUUCACACAAUUGCAAAUGUAAAAGAAAUGUGCACUCAAGAGAAUUAAAAUUUUCUCAAGUGACAUAUAAUUCCUCAUCAUUAA